AUGAAUGACCUAAUGGAGCAUGUUCGGUCAGAUGAAGAGAUAAAAUUCAUCGCCGGCGGGUUGAUCCCCAAGUUGCUCAUGAAAAGUAAGAUAUCCGAGAAGGUGCAGCAACAGCUCCUCACAUCUAAUACCGAAUUAUCAACAGUAUUCGCAUUUUUGAUGAGGGAGGCAAGUACCGGAUCUCUUGAUCAAUUCUUCGACCUGAAGCUACACAUUCCUCUGUUAUCUUACGCCUGCAAAAUAUGUGACCCAGAAAACAUUGAGAAGUUUAAUGCAGAUGCAGUCGCAAAAGAUGUCACCCGACUCCUUACUGAAAAACGUAAAGGCGGUGAUUUGAUAACUUGGCUUGGAACUUAUGGAGUUUCAGAGACUACCAAAGAUAUUGACCGUCUCGUGAGAAGUUUUUCGCAAAAUGAGAAGACUUUCGUGCUAGCGUAUCGUUUAUACGCAUUGGUACAUGCUGAUCUUGUGCCGUUUCAUUGCAAUUAUGACUGGAUUUCUCCGCCCAACAGAUUCGUUUUCUGGCUUAGAUUCGCUGCUUUUACUCGUUUUAACUACAUUGAGCAUGAGGCAAGAUUUCCAGAAUUUAUGAAGCUUCAAGUCCGUAAAUUCAUGGGAGAUCAAUACUUUGAAAAUGAUCAUUUGAAACUUUUGAUGAAGGAUCUGGAGGGACUAUUUAAGGAAGUUGCCAAAAGAGCUAAACUAUUUAGAGAUUUCGAUUGGUCGCAGAUUGAUGACAAUCAGAUCCGUUUGUACAAAGCUGCAUUAAGUUCUGAAGAUAACGCGAAAUUGAUGAGGGAGGCUUUGAUGGAAAAGAGUCAUGCUGCUGCUUUUAAAGAAAAGUUAAACGAUAAAAAAAUGGAGGAAACGUUUGAGGCGCUGCUGAUCGACAAAAAACUGGUAGAAUCGCUUCAAAAGGUGCUCAAGGACGAGAAUCAAUUGAGUUUACUCCAUGCGAGUUUUGAGGGUUUGAAGGAUCCGGUGUAUUCAACAUCGAUUCUGAAGAAAGUUGACAUGAACCAUGAUCAAGCGUCCUUGAAUGAUGACCGUCUCAAGUUGUUUGAAAAAGCUGUAGAGACAUCAGGACGUUUGACGUUGGUUGAAGACAUGCUGAGCAGUACGGAAUUAGAUCCAGUGAAGCCGUUCCAAGCGAUUCUCAGCGAUCAGAAAAAAGUGGAAUUGCUUAAAGAAGCUCUAAGGGAUGAAGAGCAUUUGAAUAAAUUUAGAUUGGUUUUGGACAGCAAGAGCAGCAAGAACAGCGAAUACGAACUCGAGAGCGAAUUGGUGGAUAAGGAAUGGGCGAAGAAAUUCGAUAUGGUGUUAAAGGAUAUGAAUCUAGUGUUUUUUCUAAGGGUGGCUGUACUGGACAAUGAUCGUGCGAAGUUGUUUAAAGCGGCUUUGGAGGAACAAGCACAGUUUCAAGUGUUUGAAAAGGAAGAAAAGCAGUUGCAUAACCUUAAAAUGGUUGUUUCAUACGAGCUCUAUUGGGAGUUCAAACAUUAUUUCGAUUUCAUUGAUAGAACGAUGCUGGGAAUAGAGAUGGUGAAGUGGUUGAAGGACAAGGCGCUAAACAGUUUUUUUUGUUCGGUGGAAACAAGUGUAUGA